AUGACCAUGCCAGUCCUUUACGAGCAAGACAAGCACGUGUCUUCUGCUAUUUUGACCGGACAGGAGAGAGGUGUGCUUAGAUGCCAAGAACGAACAUCAUUGCUUCACCACUGGAAGCUCACAAACGAGCAAAUAGAGUUAGUGGAGAAAGCAGGUUUUGGCUGGUUUAGGCUAAUAGGAUCGAUAAGCUUAAACAAUUCCCUCAUCUCUGCCUUAGUCGAGAGAUGGAGAAGAGAAACCAACACGUUCCACUUCCCCUGCGGCGAAAUGACAAUCACUCUCGACGAGGUUUCGUUGAUCCUCGGUCUCGCUGUCGAUGGAAAACCCGUGGUUGGUGUGAAAGAGAAAGACGAAGACCCUUCUCAAGUCUGCCAGAGACUCUUGGGGAAGCUACCGAAAGGCGAGCUGAGCGGUAACCGAGUGACUGCGAAAUGGCUGAAAGAGAGUUUCGCAGAGUGUCCAAAGGGAGCUACGACGAAAGAGGUCGAGUAUCACACUCGUGCUUAUCUUAUAUACCUUAUUGGUAGUACGAUUUUUGCAACUACGGAUCCUAGUAAGAUCUCUGUUGAUUACCUUAUGCUCUUUGAGGAUUUUGAGAGAGCUGGUGAGUACGCUUGGGGUGCUGCGGCGUUAGCUUUCUUGUAUAGGCAGAUUGGGAAUGCCUCUCAACGGUCUCAGAGUAUCAUUGGUGGUUGCUUGACGCUGUUACAGUGUUGGAGUUACUUCCACUUGAAUAUUGACCGGCCAAAGAGAACCACUCGUCAGUUUCCACUGGCACUUUUGUGGAAAGGAAGGCAACAGAGUCGGUCCAAGAACGACUUGUUUAAGUACCGCAAGUCACUUGACGAUCUAGAUCCAUCAAAUGUUAGUUGGUGCCCCUUUGAAGGAGAUCUUGACAUUGUGCCGCAAAGUGUCAAAGAUAAUCUACUACUUGGUAGGUCAAGAACAAAACUGAUUGGUCCAAAAGUAGUGGAAUGGCACUUCCCAGAUCGAUGCAUGAAGCAGUUCGGUUUAUGCCAAGUUAUCCCGGGAGAUGUUCCUCCGAGGAAAAACGAGAAAAGCCAUGACGAAGACUUGGUGGAGGACAUGAACACAGCAGACGAAGAAUGGAUGAGACGAAGGGAAAGAAUUGUGGAGAAUGUAGGAGGAGGGAAUGGUGAUGAGACUGAAUAUAUGCAGUGGUUCAAUAGCAUCACAGUCCCAAAGCUUCACAGAGACACAAGUCUCGAAGCUGAUAUAAUGAAUGUGCAAGCUGCUAUACUCCAAUUUGACGAGGUGGCCUCAACGUUGUCACUAGAGGAUCUACAUCCAGAGGAGAGAGAAGCGAUUGAAGAAGCAGUGAUGUCAAUGUCAAAUGCCUUGAGAGUAGGAGAUUGGUAUGAAGCUUCAACAACAACAAAUAAACGGAAGCGGAGGGAGGAACCAACGGAGUGGAGCGAAUGA